AUGCUUAGACUGAUAGCUCGCCAAGCUAUCCGACACUCUGCCAAGUUUCGCCAAGCCCCACAGUUGGCCAUUCGACAAAAGCAUGCAGAGAGAAUCAUUCCUUCCAUCGUCCAACUACAAGAAGACUCUGUCGAACUUAAACUCGGUUCUGAGUCAACUGCGCUAGAGAUCGUACAGCUGCCUACUAUUAAAAUUGGUGAUUAUGUCGAAGUAUUUAGGACAGGGCAACGAAGUGGUAUGGUUGUGGGCCAAAGAAAGAUGAGUGGCAGGUUGCAAAUGUUGACGAUAUUGCUAAGAAAUGGCAGAAUCUAUACAUCGAGAAGUGAUCAUGUCGCAUUUGUCAUUCCUUCAUUUCAUAAACUACCUGAAGUGACCAAAAUCUGUCCUCAAGGCUUAAGUCCGGAAAUUAAUUCUGAGGGCAUUCUUCAAACCAUUCCUGUAGAAUACCAACGAGCUAUUACCCGAUAUCAGUCUUUGGUGAGAGCUAACAAGGCGAUCGCCUUUCCAAGACUAGAGCGUUUAUACAAUCAGUUCAGUCAAUCGUCUUCCAACACAGUAUCACUAAACGAUCUAACCGCUUAUGCCUUUCAGACAACCGACAUCACCUCAUUACAACGUCAUGUUACCUUUUCUUACCUAGCAGCUGAUAACGUUCACUUUACACCUACAAAUAACGUACUAGGAUCGGAAGAGUGGAAGGUUCGAUCUAAAGCUGAGGCAACUGAGAUCUCAAAAAUUAUUACGGCAAUUCGAAGCAAUGAUAAGACGUACACAGACUUUCUUGAAAGGGCAAGAAGGAUCUUGGAAUUUUACAAGACACACGCCGACCCCGUCCUGGGAACCCUGUCUCGAUCAAGUAUUGAUAUGGUGCCAAUGUAUGCCAACCAGCUGACAGCAUCCGAUAAGAAAUUCAUAAACUUUAUUGCCAACUGGAUCCGUUCUCCACGAGUAGUGAUCGAGUCACCUUAUGAAAUCUUUGUACCAGCGAUUCUGAAAGGUUUGAAAUAUUAUGAUAAUCUGUUUGUGGAUAGACCUUUGGCUGUUCGUUUUCUGAAAGAAAUUGGCAUGUAUAAACCAUGGUCAAACACUCUUUUAGUGCAGGAAACAGAACAAAUCGGCGAAUCAUACUGGUCAGAAAGGGCAAAAGAAAAUGAUAGGAAAAUGGAAGAAUAUACCAAAGCAUUCUUGGCUGGAGACUAUAGAGGUCUCUACCCUCAUGACGCCUGUGAGUCAAUCCGACAUGAUUUUGGUGAUUUGCCUGUGUACACAAUUGAUGAUCCAUCUGCCAAAGAAAUUGAUGAUGGUGUCUCUAUUGAAAGAAUCCCUGGUGACAACGCCUGGCUUCAUGUGCACAUUGCCGAUCCUACGACAUACAUCCCUCCUACACAUGAACUAGCACAGAACAUGCAGCAGAAAGUACAGACAGUCUAUUUACCUGAAUGUCAUUUCCCUAUGCUGUCCGACACUUUAUCUGGUAAAAAGUUCAGUUUAGGUUCAACAGCUCAAAAGAACAAACAUGGUUCGCAAUAUGCUUUCACAUUUAGUGCCAAAAUUGAUAAUCAAGGCAAUCUUUUGGAUUACAAAGUGAGACCAAGCUUGGUGAGAAAUGUGAGAAAGAUAUACUAUGAUGACUUAGACAAGUUCCUGGAAGGAAAAGUAGAAAUAAAGAAAGACCCUCUUAUCAACCUCUCAAAGACAUUCUCACAUCCUUCCAGUGCUACAUUUACCCAGAAUGAUAUUCAACAGCAUUCAACAUUUUCACCACGCUAUAAAAAUGAUAUCCUUGACAUCCUUGACAUUGCCGAUAAGCAUACCGCAGCUCGUACUCGCAGUGGAGCUAUUGCCUUUGCCUCACCAUCACCUGUCGUGCGGGUUUUGGACAACCUAAGCCUGCCUCCGCUCCGAUUCUCAAAGCCUGAAUACGCUUCACAUUUACCACCAAUACAAGUCAGCUUGGAUAAAUCACUUUUCUCCCCUGCACGCCUGAUGGUAGCAGAAACGAUGAUCAUCGGAGGACGUAUUGCCAGCAAAUUUGCCAGGGAUAAUGGAGUCAAUAUUAUUUAUCGUGGACAACAGUGGAGGCCUGAUUCAUCACCUGAGGACCUUCGCAAAAGAGAAGAACUAUAUGCAGCUCGGGAUCCAAUAACAGGUUUUGUAAGAUAUCAAGACAUGAUAAAGGUUAGAGCCGCACUUCCUCCUGCUACAUUUGGUACAACACCUGAUCAACCUCAUGUGAUCAUGGGUAUUAUGGAUGGGUAUACAAAAACUACCUCUCCUUUACGACGUUAUGGUGAUCUUAUCAUUCAUUGGCAAUUAAAGGCAAGUCUGCUGAAAGAAAAAGAGCCGUUUAGCAAGGACUAUUUGGACAAACUGCUGCCUGCACUAGAAGCACGUACAAAGCAGCUCUCUGGUCUUCAACAGCAGUCUCAGCGCUUUUGGAUAAUGCAAUUGCUUCAGCGAAUGAAUGUCGACGGAUUUUUGAGCACAAUGGAAUGGGACUGCAUUAUAGCAGCUGACAACCGCGUCGCCCUGAAUGAACUUGGAGGCGCGAUAGAAGUAGCAGAUGCCACACUAUUGGAUUUGGGAAUUCCUGUUCGUAUUGACAAACUAAAAAGAAAUGUGCAGAUAGGAGAGAUUGCAAAAGUGCGAAUAUGUAGUGUAGAUGAAGGAAGGGUCUCAGCACAAAUGAUAGAGUAA